UAGGCGACAUGCCCCGAAAGCUGCCAUGGCUUGCCAAUGAUACAAGCCAGUCUUCAAGCGCCAAUGCCGGGCGACGUCCAAACCAAGCGCGUCCAGAAACGUUAGACCGUGACGAUGCUAGAACCACUCCUAGUAGGUUGCGCCGUGUACCGGACGCAGUAAAGAACAGAGCAGAUCGUACACCCUCCUCAUCUCCUCCACCACAGCCACCUAAACAAGAACUCAUGCGCGAAGGACCUGACGGGGACGAUAUGUGGAUCAUGGUGGAAGAUGAGUUCCUGGACACGGCGCAAAUGUUUACUCAACAUUUACACCAUGCCGAAUACCAUCGUUUGAAGCGGUUGGCCAAAGAGAGGAGCGCGUCCGCGAUCCAGAAAAUUGCUCGGCCCGUAGUCCCUCACUCCCAAAUGAGUACCGAGGCCAAGCUCAAGCGCAAGGCAGAAGCAAGCGCGGAGAAGCAUGCCGAUGCGCUACGGCAGAUUGGCGCUGGAGUUCACGAUAGCCGCGACGGAGAAGACUCUGAAGAAGAAGAUGCACCGUGGAUGCGUGACUCUCAACUCGCAGGUCUUAUGUCUGGCAGUCAAGAACAGUCUUCUAGCCAACUGGCUCGACUAACUGGAACAAAAUCAUACACGAGGGCAGCAGCAGGCUAUGCCGUUGCUAAACCUUCAUCUUCUGUACUGCGGAGUAACAGUACGACCGGUCCCGGGACAUGGAAUGCCAGAAGUGCAUUGAGUGGUUUGGCUCAAGAGAUCGAAAAGGUGGUUGCAGAAGACGACGAUAGCGAUGACCUUGAUGGGACGUCGCUGAAGAUUACACCCAAGACGCUCACAAAGCAGCACUCUGCCACGACUACGCACCCAGUUCAUGUUCAAAAAACAGGCAUACAGCCGCCUCCGAAUCGUGUUCCCAAACCUCUGCCAAAAGUGGAGACGGUUUCCGCUUCACGAUCUGUCAGACCCAAUGAUGUCUCACGCUCAAGAGCUACAAUUUCAUUUUCAGAGUCUUCAAUUGAUGUUGAGACAAGGACAAGCCGUCAAACCAUACCCUCCUCGAGGCUUGAUCCUCUCAAUGACCUAUCGAAGCGCUCCGAGCGACAGUCAAGUUCCACUGAACGAAUGGCUAAACGCAAAGCCGUGAUGUCGGCAAGAAGGGAACGCGAAAAGAAGAAAAAGUCUGAUUCUUUAGAUGAGAUACCCACGUUUAUGAUUUGACAUUUUACUUUGCCAAUACUCAACAGUCAACCGAACUGUCGGCGCUAGAGCUUUACCACUUCUCAACUCCUGGUCUGAUAUCAAUCUCCCA